AUGGAAAGACCCGCCUUUCUAGACCAAAGUCCACCUCCUGGUUAUAUUGCUGGGAUUGGCCGGGGUGCGACAGGCUUCUCUACCCGAGGUAGUAAAAAUAACGCCGUCCCCAAAAGAUUUAAAACAGAUCGAGCUUUAAGAGAGACCGACCACACUAAACCAGAUGAUGAGGAUGAUAAGGAGGCAGACCUUCUGUUUGGCUCCAUCGAUGCUGUCCGUAAUAGAGCACCUGUAGACGAGGAGCUCGAAUCUGGAAAAAACCGUCAAUUCAAAGAUUUAAAGAGGUCACUGGCUCAGGUGACCGAGGAUGAGUGGCUAAAUAUUCCAGAGGCUAGUGAUUUAACACGAAGAAAUAAAAGAAACAGGCUAGAGGAGCAACUGAACAGGAAAACAUAUGCCGGACCCGACUCAUUGAUUACGAAGAACGUCAAUUUAAGAAUGCUUACUGAAACGAGGAAAGAGGUUUUGGGGAAACAGCUUGAUAUGAAUUUUUUAAACAAGGAUACCCCAGCUGUUUCCACUAGUGAAAUGGGGGAAGUUGCAGGUUACCUGGAGCAAUUAGAACAGGUGUCUGAGAUUGGGAAUAUAACAGACGCGCAAUCUGGAGAUAUAAAAAAGAUGAGAAUUAUCCUCCAGUCUUAUAGAAAAUCAGAUCCAAAGCAGCCGCAGGGUUGGAUAGCGUCAGCAAGGUUGGAAAUGAAGGCAAAAAAUACUCAAGCUGCGAGGAAGAUCAUUCAAGAAGGCUGUCGAAUAUGUCCUAAAAAUGAGGAUAUUUGGUUGGAAAAUAUCAAUUUGCACAAUUCAGACUUUCGCCAAUGUAAAGGUUUAGCUGCGCAGGGAAUACAAUUUAACCCCACAUCGUUUAAGCUGUGGUCAAAGGCAAUCGAUCUUGAGAGUGAGACAAUAAAUAAACAGCGGGUAAUUCGAAAGGCACUGCAGACUUUACCAAGGGAAGAACAGCUUUGGAAACAAGCAGUUGAAUAUGAAGACAGUCCUUCAGAAAUUGUGAGAAUUGUCAGAAAAGCUCUUGAAUUUGUACCUCAAAGUAUAACUUUGUGGACUUUACUCAUUGAGUCCCAAGAGUAUUCAGAAGCAAAGAGAAGCUUAAGUAAGGCAAGAGAACUAGUUCCUGACAGUUUCGAUAUAUGGAUAAUUGCAUCACAGGUAGAAGAAAGACAGGGAUCGGUUACUUGUGCUAAGUUAGAAAAACUGUUAACCAGAGGCAUGGAUGAUAUACAACGCAGAGGCAUUUCCUUUCCAUAUGAUGUAUGGCUUAAAAGGGCUUUGGAGUUGGAAACUAAGUCAAACUGUCGAACAACUGGGAACGCUUUGGUUAAUGUUAUACUGACAUCUGCUUUGAAGGAUCCUUCGCAAUACGAUCCACUAACAAAGUAUGUGUCCUCUAUGGAAAACUCUUUUACGAAAAUCCACUGCUACGAGUUGCUCCUCAGGACUCGACCUUUAAAAUUCAGCGUAUGGAUGGCCUUUCGAGAGGUAUGUAUUGAGCUUUCCGCUUUAGAAGAAUUGUAUGGGUCGUUUGAAACCCUACUGUUUGAAGCAGGCGACGAUUAUAAAGUAUUAAGAGAGGUUCCAAACCUGGCAUUGUUAUACGCCAAAAACGUUUGGAAAUUAUCACAAGACCUGGAACGGGCUGUUGACAUCAUAGAACGGGCUCGAAAAAUUAUUCCAAACACUCUAGACUUAUGGUUUGCGAAACUGAAGCUACUGAGUCAAGCCGGUCAGUUUGACAGGGUGGUGACCUUAUUCAAGGAAAUGAUGGGCGGCCCACAGAAAGAAAAAUUUCCAGGUUUUGAUAGAAUGUAUUACAAGUACGCUAACUUUCUGCGAUUUCAAGGUAAGCACGAAGAGGCAGCCACUUUGCUUGAAACAAAGUGCGUCCCACAACAUCCGGGAAGUUAUAAGGGAUAUUUACAAUUGGCCCAGAUCUGUGAAGAGAUAAACCUGCCUGACAAGGCUCGAGAAUGGUAUACUUUAGGGAGAGAGAAAUGCCCCUCCAUUGUUUUAUUUCCAAUAUUGAUAGCAAAAGUUGACGAACUUUAUUUAAACAAAAUUGCAAGAGCCCGUUCCGUUCUCGAAACUGCAAUCGUCAAGCAGCCAAAGGAGGAGCUUCUUUACCAGGCUUUGGUUCAGCUGGAGACGAGACAGCACAACCUAAAAGCAGCGCAACUGUUAAUUGCUCGUGGACUAAGAAAUUUACCUGCCAGUGCACUUUUGUGGGUGGAAAGAUUCAACCUGGCGGCGAGUAAAAAAUCGUCUCAAAAAAAGACGCUGUUUCAGGAUGCUCUGAAAAGUACUCAUAAUAACUCGCUCAUUAUAUUGCACAUUGGCAUUCGUUUUAUAGAGACAUGCAGUACACAACUGCUUUGA